CUUGUCACGUGACCGCCCCUGACUCCCAGCUCCAUCAUUUAGAGGAAAAACGACACAAAGAUAAAUCUGUGUUUCUGAGCAGCUUUAUAUAUAAUUUCAUCUUUUCAUCGGUGGAUGUUAGCAGAGCGGAAAUCAUAGGAUGAAAUUAAACCAAACAGGAUUAUAGCAUCAUUCCCGGAUUGCAAACAGGAGUUUUCAGUUUUGAACGCAGCUCCGAUUGAAGUUUCUGCACCUGUUUGGAAGGUGGAGGCAAACACUGACCAGUGAUCAUGGCAGAAAACAACUUCCCUCCCCUGCCUAGAUUCAUCCCCCUAAAGCCAUGUUUUUACCAGGACUUCAAUGAAAUUCCAGACCAUCAGCGCACCAUGUGCAAGAGGCUCUACUACCUCUGGAUCUGUGAGACGAUCAUCUCAUUCUCCUUCCAGGUGCAUAAUUUCUACCGUGGCAGCGGCGGCAGUCUGGGUAAGGCCCAGGAGGAGUGGACCACGGGGGCCUGGAAGAACCCACACGUCCAGCAGGCGGCUCAGCAGGCGGCCAUGGGCGCCGCACAGGGAGCGAUGCAGCAGAACCAGUACUCAGCGGCUCCCACCUACAAUUAUGACGACCCGAUGUAGGACAGGCGGGCGAGCGGAGAGAGAGAGAGAGCUAAAAAGGGAUCAAUUAAGAAUUAGGUGCCCUUCAUUUCAAUGCAGGACAAACUCAUUUCAGAUAGAAAAUAAAUGAAGGAAAAUGUACUUUUAAACCAGUUAAAUACUUUAGAAAGUUCACUUUUAGAUUAACGACUUGCUGGUAUUGUUUUAGCGAUUGAGCCAGUCUUAAAGAAAUGCCCCCUCUGCUCAGCAGAACUCACACAUUAAUAUUUCCCAACUUAUUUUGAAUCUUCUCUGUGUUUCUAGUGGGAGUAAGAGCUAAACCUACUUAAAGGUUGAUUAAAGGCACACAAAAACUUUGAAUUUAUUUCUGUUAAUACUCACAGAUUAGCCACCAGGCCAUAUUAAAACAUUAAAAAUAAGUUGUUAGAAUGAGAUAGAUGUAAAUUUAUUCAUUAUCUAGUCAAAAAUGUAUCUGAUUCUCAUUUGAUGCAACAAAAUCAGACCUAAUUCUGUUUGUUGGAUCUUUAUUAAUUCCUUUAGAGGUGAUUUUUAUUUACCUCCAAGGUUUUAAAGCAGUAGCUUCUCUUUCAUGUUGCUAUGCUAGCCAUAGCAUCACAUCCUAGCCUGUCAUAUAGUAUGAUAACGAUGAAGCUGCUCUUCAGCCAUAAGAACUUUUUUACGUCAACGACUGAAACAUUCAGAUCGUUAAACGUUCGGAUAGAAGUCUCUCAGCAAUCUUGGUAAAGAUGCGUUAAAAAAAAGGAACAGAUGGAUCCGUCAGUGCAGCAGCAGAAUCUCACUGCAAACAUUUGGUUCCUGGAAACGAGAACAAGAAUUAUUUUGAUUAGGAUUUGGAUUCAUUGCAUAAAUACCCUAAUAAUCAUUUUAUGGUGGCAUGCAAGAAAAUAAUUCUGCUUUAUGUUUUCAGUAAACAAGCUGCAAGAUCUGCUAAAUCCGAGCUGAGGAAAGGAGGAGAUUAUUU